AACUCUGCCUCGCUCACUCGUCGUCCGGCGCGCGUCCAAUAAAGAAGUAGGAGUGAGUCUGUCUCUCCUCGUCUCUCCUUCCCGUUCGUUAACCCGUUUCUGUCUCUCUCGCGAUCGAGCGAGUAUCCACACCCGACAAAGAAGAGAAAAAAGAUGUCUGGUUUAGCGGAUCCAGUGGCGUUCGCCAAGGAUUUCGUGGCUGGCGGUGUGGCCGCUGCUAUCUCGAAGACAGCCGUAGCGCCGAUCGAACGCGUGAAACUUUUGCUGCAGGUACAGCACAUCUCUAAGCAAAUCGCUGAAGAUCAGCGCUACAAGGGUAUGAUCGAUUGUUUCGUUCGUAUCCCAAAAGAGCAAGGAUUCUUAAGUUACUGGCGUGGUAACUUUGCGAAUGUCAUCCGAUACUUCCCUACUCAGGCUUUGAACUUCGCCUUCAAAGACAAAUACAAGCAGGUUUUCCUUGGAGGUGUCGAUAAGAAUACUCAAUUCAUGCGCUAUUUCCUUGGAAAUCUUGCAUCUGGUGGUGCUGCUGGUGCCACGUCUCUCUGCUUUGUCUAUCCGCUUGAUUUUGCCAGAACUAGGUUGGCUGCUGAUGUCGGUAAAGCUGGCGGAGGACGUGAAUUCAGUGGACUUGGUAAUUGCUUAAGCAAGAUCUUUAAAACUGAUGGUCUUAUCGGUCUAUACCGUGGUUUUGGAGUAUCCGUCCAGGGUAUCAUUAUCUACCGAGCAUCUUAUUUCGGUUUCUAUGACACUGCCCGUGGUAUGCUGCCAGAUCCCAAGAAAACGCCAUUCCUCGUUUCAUGGGGUAUUGCUCAGGUUGUAACUACCGUUGCCGGUAUCGUAUCUUAUCCUUUCGAUACGGUACGUAGACGCAUGAUGAUGCAGUCUGGACGUGCCAAGUCUGAAAUCUUAUACAAGAGUACUCUUCACUGCUGGGCCACUAUUUACAAAACGGAAGGUGGUAAUGCAUUCUUCAAGGGUGCAUUCUCUAACGUUCUUCGUGGUACUGGUGGUGCCCUCGUACUUGUAUUGUACGACGAAAUUAAGAACCUUCUUUAAAAAACUGCAACGAUCCUCACCUCAUUACCUUCACAAUCGCGAUCACAACCACCUUCAUCGUUAUCCUUGUCAUCCAAUUUAAUAGCAAUUCCCAGACCGAGAGACAGGUUACUAAGAGCUGUCGAUAACUUUAUAAAAUUCAUUUAGGCUGAAGAUAACUAACAGCAGCUCGUGAAAUGCAUGAAACUCGGCAGAAUACGUUAUAUCACGAAUUAGAAGAGUAUUCGCUUAAUUUAUUGCCGAAUUCAGUAUUUUAUUGCAGCAGCUCACGUUAUAUGUAAUUUUCAUAUUUCACUUCCAUUAUAGAAAACAAACAUACGUGUAUUUGCAAAAAGAAUCUUAGAAAUAUGUUUGGUGUGUAAUCACGUUACGUGCAUGUGAGAAGCUAAUAAUAUUGGAAAGGUAAUCGGUCUAUCUGACUUUGAAGUAAACAUUGAAGGUUAUCGUAGAAAAAUAAAACAGCAUAUACAAUUGAGCGAGAGAGGGACGCGCGACGAAAGAAUACUAACGGCGAUGGCGGGGCGCGUAGACCUGGGCCGCCCCCCGCCCUUAUUCUCGGCCCGUUGUAGAUAAUUAAUUAUUCGUAAUUAAUAAAAUAUCAUUUUAACGGUAUCAGCGAGAGUCCACCAAAGUAUGGAGGACAUUAAUUUAAUUUCACACUCCAGUCGACUAUGUGUAAGAUAAUGAGACGCGUUAUUCAAAAUGUAUGCAUCUGAUCUGUUCAUGUUAAGAUGCAUGCAGGGAAAGCAGCAAAUCAAUAAAAAAUGAUACAAAAUUUAA